AUGAGCUUCCACUACGCUGAUGCUCUCGAGGAACAUAACUGGAUUGGCGGAGGACUCGACGCUUAUAUCUACCGCGUCACUCCAACUAUUGUGGUGAAAAACCGCACAUACGGGCUCUGUUCCGCCAGAACUGAACAGUUUGCGGUUGGGACACUUCUAUACUUUAUGGUAUAUGGCCAUGAACCCUAUGACGACAUUAUCCUCAGCGCCGCAGAAUGGGAUCGCCGAUUUUGGGAAAUGGAGUUUCCAGAACUUAAUCGCAAUGAGGUUUUCGAUGGUCUUGUUUCUGCUUGUUGGCACAAUGUCUAUCCUACAAUGGCCUUGCUAGCGUACGACUUCAAGCGCAAGACUGAGGAUAUGAUCUGGAAUGCAGAAUACAUCUUCGUUGAUUCUGCAAAGGAGACAAAGACCUGUGAAGCAUUGGUUCGCAAAGGCUUACUGGGACCUGAGUUAGCUCUCCGCUUUCAGCCGGCCUGGCGAAGAUACCUACAUGUUAUUGUGAAGAGAGGCAUGUUUAUUUGGCAAUGCUUUCUACAGAAAAGAUUCUGGAUCUGGUCUUGA